AUGCCGUCCAACGAGAGUCAACCACAAGCAGGCAAUAAUGCCGUACUUCGCAACAUCAAUCCCAGCUACACAGGCUUCGACCACAUUAGAUGGUAUGUCGGGAAUGCCCGCCAAGCAGCGACCUACUUCGUCGCCCAAUUUGGCUUCAACAUCGUUGCCUACCGCGGACCAGAAACGGGCUCCCACCUAAGCUGUUCGUACGUUGUCACCAACGGAAACGCCCGAUUCGUUUUCACAGCCCCCAUUACCUCCCCCAACAACACCUGGGACAAGCGGGCCUCAGGCGCAGACCGCCAGCAACUGGAUGAGAUCCAUGCACACCUCACCAAACACGGCGAUGGUGUCAAAGACAUCGCGUUCGCGGUAGACGACGUCACUGGCGUCUGGGAACACGCCGUCCAGCACGGUGCCAUCUCCAUCCAAGAACCACAACUCCUCAAAGACCAAAGCGGCGAGGUCCGUUCCGCCACGAUCCAGACCUACGGCGACACAGCACAUACGCUGAUCAACAGAUCCGCGUACCAAGGGAUCUUCCUCCCCGGAUACCAAGCCGUAUCUGGCCAGGAUCGACUGAACGAUCUUCUACCCGAGAUUGACGUGAUCGAAAUCGACCACUGUGUGGGCAAUCAAGGCUGGGAUGGCCUAGACAGUAUCGUGAACUACGAAGACGCCCUAAACUUCCACCGCUACUGGACCGUCGACGACAAAGACAUGUGCUCCGAAUACUCAGCAAUGCGCUCCAUCGUGAUGGCCUCCCCCAACGAAGUCAUAAAAAUGCCCAUGAACGAGCCCGCCACCGGUCUCAAAAAGUCCCAGAUAGAAGAAUUCGUAGAAUACUACAACGGCCCCGGCUGCCAACACAUCGCCUUCCGAACCCCCAACAUCCUGCAAGCCGUCGAAAACCUCACCACCCGCGGCGUAACCUUCCUCUCCGUCCCCGAAACCUACUACGCCAACAUGCGCAAGCGCCUCGCAUCUGCAAACAUAACCCUAGCCGAAGACAUCAAUCUGCUUCAAAAAUACAACAUCCUGAUUGAUUUCGAUGAGGGUGGCUACUUACUCCAGAUCUUCACUAAGCAUGUGGUUGAUCGACCAACCGUAUUCUUGGAGAUCAUUCAGAGAGAGAAUUUUGAUGGUUUCGGGGCUGGGAAUUUUAAGAGUCUUUUCGAGGCGUUUGAGAGGGAUCAGGAGAUGAGGGGGAAUUUAUUGCUCGCCUGUUUGUUUCUUUGGGGUAAACUGACGGUAAGGUACUUCCUUUCAGUACUUCAAGAAAAUCCUUUAACUUACGUGCUCGGCAAGAAUACGGCUAAUCUACGUAAAGAAGUAGAAGAAAAUAGUCAAGAACUUCGAUUCAAGCUAGCUCAACCAUCUCAUCAAAAGAUACAACAUCCAUACGAUCCCGCCAGUGUCCAUUCCAUUCCAUCCUUGAACGCCGUCCCUAUGGAUAUAUUUAACGCACCGAAUAAUACCGAGACUAGACCUAGACCCUAUCAUAAACGAUAUUCUAUUUCAACACCAGGUCAUCACUGGCUG